AUGAAGAUCAAAAGAUGGAUGAAUGGACGAGUGAACAGUGAAUGUAUAAGCCUCCCGAAGGGCAUGGAGACGUGCUACGCUGGAGAGAUUUCUAUGUACACAGAGAGAGAAAACAGAAUCCAGGUGGCAACUCUUGAGAAGACUCAGCUCAUUGCAAAAGAUUUUUCUGAGCUGCGCAUCCACUUCUGGCCCGACGAGAGAGCACUGAAGAAGGUUGUGACAGGAAAAGAGCAGAGAAUGACAGAGAGAGCAAAGAAAAGAAGGAAGAAGAAGCAUUUGAGCCGAUAG